UUGACGGAAUCACAUGGUUGAAAUUCUGUUCAUUCGACAUCUUAGUGACGUGUGGUGGCAUUUUCUUCUGUAAAUAACUUUCAUUCUUCCGACCAUUAACACUCCUACCGUGAGAUGAACUUUUCUUAGCUAACCUUGAUGCUCAACAUCCUCGACAUAACUGCCCCAAUGUCCAAGACAAUCUCAGAAUUCGGACCUCGACAAAAUGAUCAACUCCAUCAGGAAGUUUCUAGCAUCACGGGCUUCUCCCACUGCCUCAAGGAUGAAGGCGAAAACAUACUCUCCUCAUCCCCAGCAUAUUCCUUAAACACUCUGUAUGAAGACUACUUCUCCACCCCCAACUGCGAGCAGACUGACUUCGCCUGGGAUUCGGAAGAUGGAUGGCAUCAGAUCUGCAAUUUGUGCUUGCAUGAACGAUGUCCAGAUUGCGAAGGAGUGAUCUUUACUUCCGUCACGGACUUCCAAGACGUGUUGACCUUCGAGAAUAGGGAGAUCUGGAUCUGUGCUGAUUGUAAACAUGGCUUUUGUCUAGGUAGAAGACUGAAGCUUGUGAGCUUGUGCAGGAGUUGUGGACAUGAAGCUUGUGCGGAAUGCUUAGGAAGGAUCGAUGAGAUUCACCAUAGACCAGCGUGUUGCAAGUGUCUGAAGGGAGCGGAAGUAGAAGUAGACAAAGGUGUAUAGAAUGAAGACGAAACAAGUCAGAAGUCCAGACAGGAAAGUCAUUGUAGGGUUACAUAUUGUUUUUGGUUGUGGAUAAGCCAAUGAAGCCGGGAGAAGGUCUCUUACAGAAGCGCGCCAAUGCUUGAGCAGCUUGAUGGCUUGACAACACUCGACAUAUACAUUGAUAAAAGACUCACUGAUUUCCAAGGAAGGUGAAAUA